UUUGAUUUUAGUUCCAACAGAAGCUUAUAUUUAUGCAAGCACCUGAUCUGUGUGUUAGAGUGAAAUUCCAUUGACGUUAUUCAUUUUCGUACGAUAACAUUCUCUUCUAAAAUGCCAUUGAUUAUGUUAUGCGGAUAUCCUUGUUCUGGUAAAUCAACAAUAGCUGCUCUGCUAGCCGAUUCAUUGAAACAAAACUAUCCAAAUUCCCCAGUUAUAAUUAUCGAUGAAUUCAAGAGCAGUAGUCUUCAAUCUGGAAACGCCAGCCAUGAUAUUAGAUGUGAUAUUUAUUCUGAUUCUCAAAGAGAACGUGAAUUUCGUGGUCAACAAAAAUCGGAGGUAUGAAUUAAAAAAAAAAACUAACUGUUCACUUCAAUCAGGUUGAACGGGCACUUGCACAAAAUCAAUCUUCCAUUGUAAUUAUGGAUGCACCGAAUUACAUUAAAGGCUAUAGAUAUGAAUUGUAUUGUUUGGCUAAAUCUCAUAAACAUCAACACAUUGUUCUACUCAGUGAUGUUUCACUUGAAAUAUCUGAACAAUGGAAUUCUAAAAUUAGCCGGUAUCCCGAUGACUUACUUAUGGAUAUGAUAAGCAGAUUUGAACGACCUCAACCCAAUCAGCGAUGGGAUAAUCCACUUAUAAUUAUAGAACCUCAUCUUUGGGAUUCACCUAACCUAAUUAAUGUAGAAACUGUCACAAUGCAAUUGAAACCAUUCCUAACAAAAGAGAAAGGGAAGAUUCAGCCGAACAAAUCAACUCAACCAACUGUUGUUUCUUCAUCAACCUACUUACAAAAUUUAGAGCAUAUCACUCAACAAAUUGUGGAUCACAUACUGAAUAAACAAGCGCAAGGUGCUUCAUCUAUCGAUCUACCUAAGCGCUUUCAGAGGGCAGAUAAUCAGGACGUAGUUCUACAGAUUACCAAUCAGGAGAAAAAAUACACUGCAGGCAACCUUGUUCGUUUAAAACGUCGUUACAUUGCAGUGCAGCGAUUAAAAUUUGACGAAUUCAACAAAACUCCAGAUAAUGUUUCAAUAGCAACAAACUUUUUGCAGUUCAUUUCGCUUAGUGAGGAUGCAAGUGAUGAUGAAAACAAAUGAACAUUACCAGUAUAGAAAUUUGUAAACACGACAAGAGUAUUGAAACUUUCGAUCGGUUAUUGAAUCUAUUCUUGAAGUUUUUACUUAAUUGAAUAAAAAAUUAUAUAUAUAUAUAUAU